AGGCGGAAGUGCUACUUGAAGUCGCUGCUGAAUAUAAGGAAAAGAAGAAGAAGCAGCACUAUCAGACUGAGCCGAAGAGUUGAGAAGUCGCUGCUUUCUUACCCUGACUUUUGACGAUGCAGACGCUGGCCCAGUCGGUCCUCCACAGCGGGUAUUUCCACCCGACGCUGCGCUACUGGCAGAGCUGCGCCGCCGACCUCAGACCAGACAGCCUCAUCUACCCCAUCUUCAUCACAGACAGUCCAGACGCGGUGGAGCCGAUCGGGAGCCUGCCGGGUCAGGCCAGGUUUGGGGUGAAUAAGGUGGAGGAUUUGCUGCGGCCGCUUGUUGAAAACGGUUUGAAGUGCGUCCUCAUUUUUGGCGUCCCGGCAAAAAUAGCAAAGGAUGAACGCGGUUCUGGCGCCGACUCGGACGACACGCCGGCCGUUCUGGCCAUUAAAAAGAUCCGCAGUUUGUUCCCGGAGCUGCUGGUGGCGUGCGACGUCUGUCUGUGUCCCUACACGUCCCACGGACACUGCGGCAUCCUGAACGAGGACGGCUCCCUGAACAACGACGCCAGCUGCCUGCGGCUCGCCGAAGUCGCUCUUUCUUACGCUCAGGCCGGCUGCCACAUCAUCGCUCCGUCUGACAUGAUGGACGGACGGAUCCGAGCCAUCAAACAUUCUCUGCUGUCCAACGGUUUGGGGAACAAGGUGACAGUGCUGAGCUACAGCGCAAAGUUUGCUUCCUGUUACUACGGUCCGUUCAGGGACGCGGCCCAGUCAAAGCCCGCGUUUGGAGACCGGCGCUGCUACCAGCUUCCUGCCGGAGCGAGAGGCCUGGCGCUGCGAGCCGUGGAGCGAGACGUGAGGGAAGGAGCCGACAUGCUGAUGGUGAAACCGGGCCUGCCGUACCUGGACAUCAUGAGGGAGGUGAAGGACAAGUUCCCCUCCCAUCCUCUGGCGGUGUAUAACGUGUCGGGGGAGUACGCCAUGCUGUGGCACGGAGCGAAGGCCGGAGCGUUCGACCUGCGGGCCGCUGUGAUGGAGGCCAUGACCGCCUUCCGCAGGGCAGGCGCUGACAUCAUCAUCACCUACUACACACCUGAGCUGCUCACCUGGCUGAAGGAGUGAGGGAGUCGCUCUGCCUGAGGGAAACGUCCUAAACUGGAACCAGAUCAUUUCUGGACCUUCUGAUCUCCAUGCUGGGCUGCAGAUCUGCUUCGUGGGCCGGAUCCUGAAACUGGUUUCUGAUUUUAGCUGCUGAAGCCAUGAUGCAUUGAGAAUGUAGAAACAUGUUUUUGUUUUUUAGCCUAGCGUGUCGCCGCUGCAUUAAAUCAUGAAUCAGAUAAUUAUGGCAUGUUUAUGUAAGAGAAAAUAAAUAGUUCAUUCUGA